CUCUUCUUGAAGCUGACCGAAGAGGAGCUGUAUAAUAAAAACAGAACUAAAUAUCCAAACUUCAAACAGUUUAUUCAGGAUCUCCUCGAAACGUGCUUCUGUUGCCUAAUGUACGCCAACUACUUUAAAUUUUCGCUAAUUCUGGCGAGCUUGUUGUUUCUCACGGGAUUUAUCUCCCUGGCGGUUUUGACUACAACUCAAGUGAUGCCCGCUCGAAAAGGGCUGAGCUACGAACAAACAACUUGUCGAGUAACACGUAGGGAGAUAUUUUGUGAAACUAACAACUGUAGUGAAUGUAGCCCUGGAAGAAACAGUGCAGGUUCCUUGUGUCUCAGAGUGUACGUGCUUUGUGGUGAUCAUGACGAAACCGUAAACAAAAACCUUUCAAGCUACAGGGAAGGCGGAUAUCUGCUUCGUAAAGAUGUGUACCACUUGAACGACAAGUGCACUCGAAAGCUAAAACCAAUCUGCUCGGACCCAGCCCCCACCCCAAAUGGACUGGAAGACUUUCAAGUUGGAGAAGGGAGGACUGGGCCUACGUACCAGUGCUAUCGCAACCCAAAUGUCCCGAAUGAGGUCGUGUAUGAAAAUCACAGCAAAGAACAUUAUAGAAAAGUCGUGCUACACAGCGUUUUGUGGCCGACUGCUUUAAUAGGACUCUCCAUAGUAAUUCUCACUGCAGCCAUGUGCUUUUGCCCGAUGCGGAGAGACUAUAGAAAAAUACCAUAAACUGUUAAAUGUGCUAAAACUGAUAACUGAAAGUUAAGUUGGGUCCUGCUCGGAUUUGAAUUCCUGGCAGGGUAAAUGGAUGACCGAUCUGACAUCGCGGAAAAAUAUCGCCGGCUCAAGUCACAAGAUACAAAGUUCAGUGAGAAUUAAAACAAGUUGAUAUAAUUGCUAACAAUAAGGCUUCAGGUGUAUCUGUACAGCGAGAGGGCAGCAAAUACCUCUCAAAAUAAGGUCAUACACGAUUCAGAUCAAUAGUUUAACUAUUGAAGCUCUGAUCUUAGGUAAAUAAGUACUAUUAGGUAUAAAAACAGGCGUACUAUACAAAGAGUACAAUUGUUAACCUUGUCAACCAUGUAUAAUGAAAACAUGCCUGGAGAGUUCUUAAAUUUGGAAAAAAUUGGUAAGUAGAAGAGGAAUGGAAAUUUUCCAAAUGAAAUACUCUGUCAAGUACAAUAGGCUUCAAGGAUUUAUAAUUUGUUGACCAAAAUUUUGUUAAACACAUCAACAUUCUCAUCUUCAAAUGGCAGUUGAAAAACCGUAAUUUUUCUAAAGGAAAGUUGACCGAUGAAUCUUGGCCUUUAAGACCAUGUAGUUCAUUCUCAUUUCCUCUGUAGUGGGGUCAUAGUUUCCAUUAGUCCGAGAAGGAAGUAUUUUUGAAGUCACGUGGCGUUUUAUGUUGUAUUUCGCGCCAUCCCUGGAGCAAGAAGCCUGGGUGAUACCGUUAUGCAAGCCACACAAUGUCCUUCUAUCGUCACACUCCGGAAAGCUUCUGUCCCUACGAUUUCCUUCAACUGGGGGUAUUUGGUUUCCGUUGUUUUCUCCUAGACGGUCUCUGGGAUCACAACAUGUAUUCCAGAGGGAUUCGCCAUUCUCAGUGAGCCUCGGACCCAUUAUAUCUUUUGUGUCUCCACACCUCACUUUUCUCCAAGGCUUUCUGUCAUUCCAACUUGUCGGGCAAAUAAAACUCGGUACGACCUCGACUGGCGGAAAAAGUCCUUUACUAUUUUCACCAAAAGGUUUUACCCUGGAGUUCCUUGGCAUCGAACUUGUAUUGUCUCUUGUAGUGUACGGAGAGGCAAGCCAGGGUAAGACGAGAUUUUCCCCUUCAAAACUUUUCCUCGAUACAAACAUAUUUCUUCGGUUCAAUUUCUCCUGUUCAAUGUAAUCAUCCGAACAGGGCUUCCGUUCCGAAUUUUCCUCUCUUCUAGAUUUUCUCUCCCCUCUUUUUGGUGCAUUCUGCUGGUCGAUUACUGCCUGGCUGUUUACCUUAACUAAUGACGUUGAAUUAUUGUGUUUCGAUGAACCCAAAGAGAGGCUCGCCUUGUAUUCUCUUUCGUGUAUUUUGUUCAGAUUGACAUUUCCUCUUUUGAAUGCUGCAUUUUUCUGCCUGUGAUAGAUUUUCGGAUGUAAAUUUUUAAACGGAUUUUCCAUUCUCUCCAUUUUGGUCUGCUUACUGUCUCAAGACUAAACGAUGCUGUUGGCUGCUGAUAACACGUUCAACAAUCAGGACCUCUGGGAAGUCACUUCGUUCUUCGCUAUAAAAAACAGAGAAGUCAUACAGAUAACUGAUCAACUAAUUAUAGUAUACCUCUUAAACAGAAAAACACUCGUUCCAUAUCAAGGCAGCGUUAACGAUCUAGUUGCUAUUUCUGAUCAACCAUUGAACAGUACGGCCAAGUUAAAAAAAGCUUCACAUAAACCCUUAAAUCAACCAAAGCGACCAGAAGAAUUUUCCCUUAUAUAGUCACACUGAUGCAAAUAACAAGGUAAAAUAACUUAUCUUAAAUAUACAGCAGCAGGAGUCAGCUUCUCAAAAGUAACAUCAGUUUUGAAUAAAUAAAGUUCACCUUAUAAUGACCUA